ACAAUCUUGUGAUUUUUCAAUGAUAUAGGAGGUCAAAAGAGAGCUGUCUGCUUAGAUCGUGUCUGGGUCGUGUAUGGUAUUCUUAAAUGACGUGUAAGAAUAAUGUUUACAAGCAGAUAUGGUAAUUGAAAGAAGAGUGAGUCGCUCAAAAAGAGAAAAAACAGCAAGGAGAACAAACUCGAUCGGAGAAACAAAUAUUGAGUGUAUUCAAAGUGUAAAUGAUGGCGAAGAUUUCCCUGAAAAGGAGCAAGAGAUCGUAGAAAUUUUGUCUAGAAGCAAUGUUGAUGUUGAAAGAUUGAGAAAUUUGGCUAUCAGUCCAGGGGGACUACUAAAUGAUGACAUUCGGAAGGAGGUGUGGCCUCGACUGCUUAAUGUCAGUGUCACAGACAUUCCAAAGAAACCUUCUGUGGAAGUUUUACAUGGACACAGAGACUAUACUCAGGUUGUUAUGGAUGUUAAUAGAUCAUUGAAGAGGUUUCCUCCAGGCAUGGAGGAGGAGGUGAGGAUGUCAUACCAGGAUCAGCUGGUAGACUUGAUUAUGCGGGUGUUGGUGGAACAUGAUGAACUUCACUACUAUCAGGGCUAUCAUGAUAUCUGUGUCACGUUUUUGCUGGUUCUAGGAGAAGAUCUUGCUUUUGCCACUCUCAAUGUAUUGUCAUUACAGCAUCUCAGGGAUUUUAUGGAUUCCAACAUGGACAGAACGAAACACAUACUGAAUUACCUAUAUCCAAUCGUCGGGAGGGCGAAUACCACACUGAGACAAUUUAUGGAUGAAUCUGAAGUAGGAACUGUUUUCAGUUUGAGCUGGUUGAUCACUUGGUUUGGUCAUGUUCUCGGUGACCUAGAUUCCAUCGUGAGACUGUAUGAUUUUUUCAUUGCUUGUGAUCCGCUGAUGCCAAUUUACAUGGCAGCCUCUAUUGUGCUCUAUCGUGAAAAGGAAAUUCUUUCAAGCGAGUGUGAAAUGUGCACAUUGCAUGGAAUGUUGUCAAAAAUACCUGACAAUCUGCCAUAUGAACAAUUAAUUGUAAAGGCAAAAGAUCUGUUUUCAAAGUUCCCUCCCAAGAUAAUUGCUGAAGAGGCAGCUGAGAUUCAUGAACAGAAGAAACGUGCUCUGUCUCAGUAUAAAAGGCCACCAUUGGGGAAGAAGAGGGAGAUUCACCAGAGAGAGGGAGUGGUGAAAAACUUGCUGUACAAUGAUGGAAACCGAUUGUUUGUAAAGGUGACCCUGUGGACUCUUGUUGGAGUAAUCACAGCUGCUGGCCUGUCCUGGCUCAAUAGCUACUAUGUUCAUGAUUAUCACUCAUGAAAGUGAUGAUGUUGUACAUUGUGUUAUUAUUAUAUAUGUAUGUAUGACACGUGCAAGUUUUUCAUCAUUUCAAGUCAUUGAAAAUGUUGUUGUUAUUCUUUGUAUUAGAAAAUCAUCAGAAAAAAUCUGUCAAGAGUUCCCAAAAAGGGCUGAUCCACCAAGCAUUCCUGGUAGAUGUUAAGCAAGUCUGGUUAAAAUUUAAAUUCUGUUGAUCUUGUGACAUUGACCUUUGACUUAGUUUUUGGACAUUUUCUAAAAACUUAUAUCCUUUCCACCAUAGGAGGUACACCUUCAUAUUUGGUAUGUGUAUUCAGGUUUGUUAACCUUGUAACUUUGACCAUUGACAUAGUUUUUGGAAAUUUUAAAAAAAAAAUACAAUGUCUUACAGUUCCACUUUUUUGUAAUCCGGGGCAUCAGUGUUUCAUAAACAUACCUUUUUCUUAAAUGUGUGAGAUGGUUUGUAUUAUGUUCAAUAAAGUUCCCAAAUGUCUGGUAAAUUUUGAGUAUUUAACAGACAAUUGUUCUGCAGAUUUCUUUACCAGUUUCGGGAACUCUGAAUCUGUACAUAUACAGGUAUAGCUAUUUAUUCAAUGAAACUUUGAUGGUGAGGUAAGCAGGUCUUCCUUUGAAGGAGAUUAAAGCAUGUUGAUAAUACUUUUUCAUAUGUGUAGCUGAUAGCAUAUACAUGAUACUUGUGAUCAGUUCCUUAGUCGUUUUCCAUUUUGUACAUGUAUUUACAUUGGAGUGGAAAAAUUGUUAUUCUUCUGUGUGUUUAUCAUGCUUGUAGAAUUCAUGCAAUAUUUGUUUCUCUAUCAUUGUAUUGUAUGCCUAUACAUGAUAUGACAAUGAAAGUCUUAUAGAUUCAUAGAUUUGUUAAGAUUUUAACAAUACAUUAAUACAUGUGUAUCUAUGCAUUGCGUUGAGAUGGCUGCUACUACACAUUCAGCAUCACUGUUAAUCAAAAUUACAGGAUAUGCUCAUUUUGGUUAAAAAUUCAGACUGUAAACAUUAUUAUUAUCAUUAUGUGAACUGUUAAUACAGAAAUCUUGAAAUGCAACAAAUUGUUUUCGUAGAUCAUAAGUAAAUUGCAAAAUAAAUUCCUAUGCAGCACUAAUAUUUUCCUCAGCAAAAAUGGCUAAUAAAACUGCUGUUAAAGAUGAUCUUUAUAAAGUUUACAUGUUAUAUUUCUGAUCAAUCCACUGGUCAUUCUUUUAUCUGUAUAAGUAUAUACCACAUAACAGGUAUUUUCUGCUGUUGUCCAUUUUUUGCGGAUAGGAAAAAUUCACAAAAAUUAUAUAAUCGCAAAUGCAUAUACAUGGAUAUUGGUACAUAUAGGUGUAAUGCAACUGCAGAUAUUGGAAGUGCAGGAUAUAAUUUGCUACCAUUUAUAGAUAAAAUCGCAAAAAUUCCAACCGCAGAAAAUACCCAUUAUACAGUAUUUACAUUUCCAAUGUUUUUGCCUUUGAUAGCUUUCCAAAUUUAAUGAUAGCCAUUUUCUGAUGAAUGCACUGCAGUCCUAUGAAUCUUUUGUUAAAUAUAGCGCAUGUCUACUCUUAAAAACUGAGAAUUCUGACAGAAAAACUUCAUUUUAGAUAAGUAUGCCAGCGUGAAGUGUCACAGUUCAUACCCUCAUGUAUUUUCAAAAAUAGAAUUUAUUUCUUAAAUGUAAUGUUGCUCUAGUCGCUUUACAUGUAAUACUAAUACAUUUAAUUGUACAUAUACUAAGAUUUCAGGGCAGCAACCGAGUCAAUAUUUCAGGAUCACAUUACUUUUCCUUUUUCACACAUACAAUGUAUACCAUAUCUAGUGUAAUGUUUCUUGUGUCAAUUUUGCUAAAUGUUUAAUGAUAUUAAAAGAGAAAGGUCUAGAUCCAUGCAUCUGAAAAUACAGGGGUUUUUUUUUGGUUCAACCUUUGAUUACAUUCAAGGAAGCAUGGGUCUAAAUUUAGAUCAGCAGAUCUAAAAUUAUGACAAUUUUCAUGAAAUUUUAAGUAUGAAAGUGAACCUCCAAUGUUUCAUUUUAUUUUAUAAUGAUGAUUUAAAGACUUGUGUUUAUUUGUACACUUUUUGUAGGUAAUAUGUGGGCUUUUUGUACAUCGAUGUUGUUGUUAUCAGUGAUGUAUGGUGCAAAUUAAAACUUGUUGAUGUUGAAUAUUAAAUUUUCAGAUAUUUGCUGA